AUGUCUCGUUACUCAGCUGCCCACUCAAACCCCAAUGGCCCAGGCGACUCUCGGCCAACAGCCCUCCAGAUCAUCAAAGACGAGGGAGUGGAAGGCAAGCUCAAGGGCAAGGUCAUCGUCAUCACCGGCACUUCUUCUGGCAUCGGCAUCGAAACAGUCCGUGCUCUGGCGGCUACUGGAGCUACGCUGUUCCUGACGGCUAGAAGUCCUACCAAGGCCAAGACUGCCCUCGCCGGUAUUCUGGAACCGGCCCGUAUGGAGAUCGUCGAGAUGGAUCAAGACUCUUUCGGCUCUGUCCGUGCUGCUGCAAACGCCAUCCUCGAAAAAACUGAUCGGGUGAAUAUCCUGAUCAACAACGCCGGCAUUAUGGCGGUGCAAACCCUCGAGUUCACCAAGGAUGGACACGAGUUACAGUUUGGCACCAACCACCUCUCGCACUUUCUACUCUUUCAGCUGCUCAAGCCAGCUUUGCUGGCUGCUGUGACCCCUGACUUCCCGUCUCGUGUUGUCAAUGUGUCCUCCAGCGGCCACCGAUUCCACGGGCUUAAUGCGUCAGACAACUACAAUUUCCAAAAGGGAGGUUACGGCUCGAUGGUUGCGUACGGUCAAUCGAAAACAGCGAAUAUUCUCAUGGCCAACGAGAUCGAGCGCCGCUACGGAUCGCAAGGACUUCAUGCAACAAGCCUUCACCCGGGUUUGAUCGAUACCGCCCUCUCGAAGUUCCUACCACCAGGCACAAUGAGUGCCAUGCAGGGCGAAGAGACUUUCAGUAAGACCAUGAAAUCUCCAGAGCAAGGCUGUGCUACCACAGUCUGGGCCGCAAUUGGCAAGGAAUGGGCAAACAAGGGAGGCAAGUAUCUUGAUAACUGUGCCGAAGCAUUGCCUGCUACGAGCGAUAGCGAUCAGCUGGCCCCUGUUUACGCCAGCCACAUCUAUGAUGAGGAGAGCGAGGCUCGCCUCUGGAAGGACUCGAUUAAGCUUGUUGGCUUGGAUGAUGAGUAA